AUAUGGCAUGUAAAUUAUGGUUUUAGUGUCAACAUAAAAUAUAAAAGUGAAAAUCUAAAUUUGGUGAUGACUCAUCGUCACCAUGUUUCGCAGUCUUUUUGGCGGUGGUUCCAGUGUUGAGAAAAAAAAGCGUGAUGAGAGAAAUGUUCCAGAAAUAGAAGAUGACCAGCCGCGUAAUCGUUUUAACGAAAUUCAGAUUUUGAAUGGUCACACGGAUGUUAUACAUUCCAUUAUAAAAAUUGACGAAAAUAGAGUUUUGUCGACUAGCCAUGAUAAAAAAGGAAUUGUUUGGGAUUGUGAGACUGGUGACAUACUAUGUGAGUUGGUUGGUCACACACGUGCGAUAAGUUCUGCAAUCCUCAUCGAGAAUUAUUUGGACGAGCAGAAAAGUUUUUGUGAUGUUAUUGUGACUGCCUCCUCUGAUCAAACAAUUCGAGUGUGGGAGUUGACGAAUGGUCAGUGUAGAAAAGUGAUUAAAGAACAUCAAAGUCCUGUUAAGCGUUUUAGUGUGGUGUUGUUCGAACCAAUGCUCAUUCUAACAGCUGGUCAGGAUAUUUGUUUAUGGAGUCAUUCAUUUCAAUUGUUGUCGAAGUUUCAACGCAAUAGUCUUGACUAUGUCCACACCUUCAUCAACGCAAAAACGGAUCGGAUAGUUACAGCUACAGAUCAGCCACACCUCAUUGUGUAUGAUAUUAAGAAUGAGAGUGAUGGAAGUUCACAUGAAGAAUAUGUGAUUAAAGAAUUCAAAAGGCUACCACGUCAUCGUGAAUCGAUAACCUCGUUGGUUCUUAUAUCAGACGCCAUGUUCGCUUCAGCAUCAAUGGAUGGCGCUAUUAUUGUUUGGACUACACAUCGCCUCGAGCCCACUAGAAAGUUCAAUCACUAUGAAACUUUUAUGAAUACACUGGACCAUACCUACCCUUAUGCUGUUCAACAUAUUAUGAUUGCAGACCAGAGAUAUAUCUUUGCUGCGAUAGGUACCGGCUUUGCUGUGUACGACCCCAUGUUAGAUAAAUGUGUUGCGAAAAUUUUGAACGCGCAUCAUUCACAAGUGACAUCCAUGGUUUUACUUGACAAUGGAACAUAUCUGGCUACUUCAUCCCUGGAUGGUACUAUCCGAUUGUGGGCGUCACCUCUCCCUAAGACUCCAGAAGAGCUUGCGAAGGCGCAACAGGCGGUAACGCCAAUGUCAAAGUUAGUUGGAAGAAGAAUUCAAGAUUGUCGUGUGUUUCCAAUCAAACUCGAGCUGGUUGGAAUGUGUUUGGCCCACUCCAGCUCUGUCCAGUCUGUGAUUAAGUGUGGAAAGGAAGGUUUUAUUUCGUGUGGGAACGAUGGCAUGGUUAUACUGUGGAAAGAUUCAGAAUUAUCGAGAAGACGAAGAGAUGAAGAAUUUCGGAAAGUUUUAUCGAAAUUAGGAUGGCUUGAUCAUUAGCGCAGUAUUAAUUUGAGAUGUUAUUUUCAUUAAAUUUUAUUUUUUUACAUUUUGUAGGUCCAUAGAAGUUUUAAAGGUGGUCCAAAUAUUCAUUUUUAAGCUGUUUAAAGUUAUAGAUAAAUUAUUUAUCAUUUUGGGAUUUCUAGACAAUUCUGCACUGUUUAUAAGUCAGUAUUUCAAUAUAUAAUUCGUCGAAAAAAAUUUUUAUCGCCCUUUAAAAAAAAUUAAUCCCCUAUUUUACGAUUAUUCUUAAGCCGUUUUAUUUAACUGGAAACUGGGGAAGACAAUAUAAUGUUUGUCAAUUUGUGUUGAAUGUCGUAUUUUACUUAGAUAAGCGUGACGGCGUUUAUUUAACUUUAAUGCUUUCAGGUACGGCGCUUGUUAGAGGGCGAAGCUUAUUUCAGGGCAGGAUUAUUUAAAAAAUUUCAUUGAAAGAGUAAACAAGGAUAUAAGUGAUUCCAGUAAUUAUUUCUGGAAAAGAAAAUUAAAUGUUAGUCGCGUUUAUGGCGCUUAUUUGAGGAAAUACAGUUGUUAAUGCGCUAAAAAUGUAUUUUGUAAUUUUAUAACCUUACGAUGUUAUUUUUCUACACUUUAUUUUUUCUCAAUUUUUAAUUAUUCAUGUAUACAAGAAAUAUAUUUUGUAAAUUAUUAAAAAGUAAAGCAAUUGAAUCGCAUUUGUACGUA